AUGACGAGGAUGAAACAAAUUCAGCAUGAAAUAAGAGAUGCUAUUGAAUAUACCGGUCGAGAUCAAGAAAGAUACUUAACUAUGCACCCAAGUAUCGAAUAUUCAUUUCUGUACAAGCUAUAUGAGUAUGCAGAGGAUCAGAAUGAAGCUGAGUUAGAUCCCGAAACAUACCUGAUGCAAACUGAGGAAACAUCCAGUGAUGAUAAUGCUAAAGUACAAAUUGAAGAGAUGUCCAAUGAUGUUAAUGUCGCAAAUGAUCUGUAUCUUCCCGUAAUUGACAAUAACAGG